AAUAUUUUCAAGAAAGAUAUUAAUGAAUUUGUUAUUCCAACAACAAUUAGUAAAAUAGGAGAUUGGUGUUUUUCAGGAUGUUCAACAUUAAAAUCAGUUGAUAUACCAACGUCUGUUAGUAAAAUAGGAAAUGGUUACUUUAAUAAAUGCUCAACAUUAACAAGAAUUAAUAUACCAACAAGAAUUAGUAAAAUAGGAGAUGAAUGUUUUUCAGGGUGUUCAUCAUUAACAACAAUUAAUAUACCAACAUCUGUUAGUAAAAUAGGAUAUGGAUGUUUUAAAGAAUGUUAUUCAUUAAAAACAAUUAAUAUACCAACAAGAAUUAAUAAAUUAGGAGAUUGGUGUUUUAAUGAAUGUAAAUCAUUAAAAUCAAUUAAUAUACCAUCAUCAAUUAAUGAAAUAGGACAAUUUUGUUUUAAUGGAUGUUAUUCAUUAACUUCCAUUAACAUACCAACAAUAGUCAAUGAAAUUGGAAGUUGGUGUUUUUAUAAAUGUUAUUCAUUAACAUCUAUUAAUAUACCAACAAGAAUUAAUGAAAUAGAAGAUGGAUGUUUUAAUAGAUGUUCAUCAUUAAAAACAAUUAAUAUACCAACAUCUGUUAGUAAAAUAGGAGAAUGGUGUUUUUAUGAAUGUUCGUCAUUAACAUCUAUUAAUAUACCAACAACAAUUACAUCAUUUGGACGUAAAUGUUUUAAAGGAUGUGGAUGUGAAGAAGAAUUAAAGAAGAAUGAAAGAAUACCAAGAGAUUGUUUUAACAUUAUGAUGUAUCGAAAUGAAAUAAAAAUACAAAAAUGA